GCACAAGUUGUUAAGGAAGCAUGUUUAUGAUGAGAGGAAUGAUAUAGUAAAGUCUAUACCUGAUUUCUGGUUAACAGCGGUAAACAAUCUCUCUACUAAAUUUGUUAACAUAUUUAGAUCUCGUGUUGUUUGGUAAAUAUGCUCUCUUUUUCAUAUGAGUACAAGGACGUUGAGCAUUUGCAAACACUUUACAUUUCCAUGUUGUUUAUUAAUGAGUUAUGCGCAUUUGGAAACACUUUUACAUUCUGGAUCUGAAUCCGGAUCCAAAUGGGAAACUGCCAAUGAAUUUUUAAUCCAAACGGCCCAAUUUUUAAAAGAAUUGCUUUGAUGAAGUUCAUGAUAGGAAAAUAACAAACAGUCUUAGAAAAUAAAAUGUGCACUCAUUUUGUCCACUGCUUGAAACACAGCUUUUUCACUUGGUUCAAAGAAGCUCUGCAUAUGGAUGAUAUUCAAGAUGAGGUUGCUGAGGUAAUCAAGGAUGAUUUAUGGCCAAAUCCCCUGACUUAUUUUAACAAUGAUGGUGAUGAUGAUGAUGAAGAAGGGGGGAGUUCAUGUUCGAGGAUGAUGAUGAAGAAGGGGGGGAGUUCGUGUUCAGCAUUUAGAAAUUCUAUAUCAUAGAAUUCAUCUUGAGUUACCCAUUUUUAUUGUUCCCAUUUUUAUAAUUCACAUUGAUUUUGAUUUCUUGUUCAAAACCAAAUUCAUUAAGUACUAUUAAUAUGUGCUUUUAUCAUUUUCUCUCUUUAUAUUCAC